AGAACAAAUCCAGCGUAGGUCGACCAAGACUGAGGAAUGUCAUUAGUAUGCCUUGCAACGACGUGGCUCACGCCAUUCGCCCGAAGCAGAAGCAGCCUUCACCCAGGCUGUGUGUCUUUUGACCGGCGCCACGCCAUGAGACGUCUCUCUAGUCUAUCGUUAGCUCAGACACAACACCACACCGCCCUCUGCAGCAAAUCUCAAGACCGCUGUGCUCACAUCUACGGGGAGCUUAACAUGGUGCACACCGUUCGUCGAGGUGGGCCGUUGGAGCUUUGCGGCUGAAAAGCCACAACACGCGGAGCCGCGAGCCACGCGGCCUGGAUACGAUGUAGCCCAGGCAUCAGCGAUUGCAGCGAAACUCGACUGGUUGCCAUCUCGAGGUGUUGCGAGUCGAUGACGACUGCUCGACGUAGCAUUUCAGAUGCGCCGUUCAUCUAGGGUUUGUACAGAGUAGAGCCUUACAUACCGACUCCUUAGUUUGCUUCA